AUGCAAAGUGAGAUAGAUGCACUCUGGGCUUUUCUUGGUGGCAUAGAUAGCAUGAAGUUUUAUGUUGAGUUUGCUAAAUUGCAUGGAAAUACAGGAAGUUUCUUUGACGGUCUCAAAAAUUUAUGGGGUAAAGUAAUAAAUAAUACAAAGAAACUAACUAACUGGGCACUCAAACGUAAAAAUAUGUUCGACGGACUUGCUUACAACCCUCGUCUCGGAAUUAUUGAACCAAUUAAUUUACAUCCUUUAAUGGCAGCAAGAGAUUUAGAUGAAGAAGGAGGACAAGUGGUUCAAACAAUUGUUGAAAAGCUACUGAAUAUAUAUCCUGAGUUUGAUGAAGUUUUAAUAGCAACAAACACAACAAUUCGUGAAAACAGUAUAGCGUUUAACAGUGAAGAUAAUAUUUUAGACUAUAUGUUCGUUAUUUUAGGUCAGUUAGCUAAGACAAUAAAAGAGAAAGGUAUUGACUCAAUCAUAACAGUUGAAGAUGUAAUGUUAAGAAAGACUUUUGACUCAUUGUUUCAAGAACCAAAAGAAGUAGUUAGUCUUUAUGAAGUUUUGAAAGCAAUGCUGACAAAAAUAAAUGAAAGUGGCGCUGAUGACAUAAGUGAAGCAAAAGUUGUUGAACUUCUUUCACAAAAAGCAGAUAAAAACCAUGUUCAUUAUAUAACUUCAGACGAACAGAUUAUAACGGACUACCAUGGAUAUUUAACACAAACUGAAGAAGAAGUGAAGACGGAAGAUGUUAAUGAAAGAAGAUAUAAAUUCAUUCGUGCUAAAGGUUAUGACAUACACUGUACUGUACAGUAUGACACAGGUAAAGCACCAGAAGUAUUUGGUUAUAACGAUGAAAUUUAUGCUUCAUACUUCUUUGUUAACGGUGUAUUAGUUGAACCAAGAUUUACUUUGAGAGUUAAGGCAAAAAUAACUUUUGAAGAUGCUAUUAAAAGUAAAGCUGACAAAGAUGAACUUGACGCAACCAACAAAGUUUUGAAAUCUCAUAAACACAAUAUCUCCGAUAUAAAUGAACUUCAAGCUACAUUAAAUAGUAAAGCUGACAAGAACCAUACACAUAAAUCCUUCACUACUGUUAGAGCAGACGACAUAAUAUUGAACUAUGAUUUGGGUUCAAGUGCACCUUUAGAGAAUCCAAGUACAAGCGUAAAAGAUACACUAAACAAUUUAGAUAACAGUUGCAGGAAUAUCGAAGGUCAUGUCAGAAACUUUGAAACACAUGAACUACCAGCAAUGUUAGACAGUAAAGCUGACAAAGAACAUACACAUAAAUCCUUCACUACUGUUAGAGCAGACGACAUAAUAUUGAACUAUGAUUUGGGUUCAAGUGCACCUUUAGAGAAUCCAAGUACAAGCGUAAAAGAUACACUAAACAAUUUAGAUAACAGUUGCAGGAAUAUCGAAGGUCAUGCCAGAAACUUUGAAGCAUAUGAACUACCAGCAAUGUUAGAUAAGAAAGCAGACAAAACAGAGCUUCAAACAUUAAAGACUGAAAUACUUCAAACAUUAUAUCCUGUUGGUUCUAUUUAUACGUCAAUGAAUUCAACAAAUCCAGCAACAGUUCUGGGCUUUGGUACGUGGAAGCAGAUUGUAGAUAAAUUCUUAUACUGUGCUAGAUAUUCAAAGCAAACAGGAGGUUCGAAGAAAAUUAAAGAAGCAAACCUUCCACCGCACACUCAUACAGGAACUACAAACACAACAGGUAAUCAUUCACAUUCAAUAACAAAAAGAGGUUAUACAAAUCUUGCAGCAGGUUCGGAUAGACAGGGAAUGCAUAGAUAUGAUAUUUCAAGUGACCCAGUAGAUUCAAGCGCAGGUAUUUUCUGUGGAACCACAGGAAAUCAUUCACACACUUUCACAACAAAUCCAACACGAACUUUUUCAUUAGAUGUAAAUCAGACAUGA